GGCGGCGGGAGGCGAGGCCAGCGCAAGGCCCGUCGUCUGGGUCCUGGCCGUGGGGUCAGGGUCCCCGCGGCUUGUCCCUGAGGGUCUCUGCUGCUCCGGUGUCGGGGAGCAGCGUGCAGGAGCCUGGGGGUCCGCCUGGCCCCUGGCCCCUGCAGGGCCGUCGGCUGGGGUGGGAGCCCAAGUCUCGCGGGAAGGGAGCGGUCGCCCGGGCCUGGCGGCAGCCCUGCAGGAAGGAUGGGCCUGCGGCUGGCCGCUGGGAGUCUGCUGGAGGCCUGUGGCCGCCCCUGUGCGUGCACCACGCUGCCCCCCGGCUGGCACGGCCGCCCCCCGCCCGCUGCCCUGUGAGCGGGGCUCCUGCCAGCGGAGCUCCCAGCCGCCAGCAAGACCGGUCAUGUGGUCGGAGCUUGUGACAGUGGCCCGUGAUCAGAUGGCAAGGACUGGCCUUUAGUCCUCAGUGGUGGUCACCAGAGCGUUCUUCAGGGCCUGAGGCUCAGCUCCUGCCACCAUGUCGGGAUCCACGCAGCCCGUGGCACAGACAUGGAGGGCCACCGAGGCCCGCUACCCGCCCCAUGGCAUCUCCUACCCGGUGCAGAUCGCCCGGCCCCACACGGUAAGGGGUGGCGCCCUUUGGGUCUCUUGCUCCUACUCCUUUCCUCCCCUGCAAGCCAGGCUGCUGUGGCUCGGGACACCCUCUGCGGCAGGGCACCUUGUCAGAGGCUGCCCUGCCCUAGGGCCCUUCCAGGCCUGGGGUGUUUGCGGUAGCCUCUCAGGGGACCCCCCGGGCCCUGUAGAGCCCUUGGACGUGGGCCUGUGGCUGGCCCUGCCAUACCGUGUGCCCGGUCUCUGCAGGUCUCAGGAGCUCCACCUGCGCCCCGAGUCCCACUCGUACCUGCCCGAGCUGGGGAAGUCUGAGAUGGAGUUCAUGGAGAGCAAGCGCCCGCGCCUGGAGCUGCUGCCCGAACCCCUGCUGCGGCCGUCCGCGCUGCUGGCCACAGGCCAGCCCAGCGGCUCUGAGGACCUCACCAAGGAGCGCAGUCUGACGGGCAAGCUGGAGCCUGUGUCGCCCCCCAGCCCCCCGCACGCCGACCCCGAGUUGGAGCUGGUGCCCCCCCGACUGUCGAAGGAGGAGCUGAUCCAGAACAUGGACCGCGUGGACCGCGAGAUCAGCAUGGUGGAGCAGCAGAUCUCCAAGCUGAAGAAGAAACAGGUGUGGGUGGGCCCGGGGGGCCUGGGCGGUCACCAGUGUAGUUGGCAGGCUCCCCACGUGGGGACUCUGGAGCUCGGGAGGGGGGCCUGGCCAGCUCCCCGGGCAGAGGCUGGAAGGACCCGCACUGGUGUCACCGCCCGGGAGGGGUGGUGGGUGGGCAUGCCGUGGGCGCUUCAGGCCCAGGCCAGGUGGGCUUGCGGGCGCUGCUGUCGCAGCCUGGGGCUUUGGUCCGGGUCCCUCCCCGGGCUGUGGGCCAGCGUGCCGGGAGGGGCGCUGCCUGCCCCGGAGGCCUGGCUCACAGUUUCUUCUGUCUCCCCCCACCCCUUUCCGUCCCUGCAGAAGAAGGCCGAGGCUGCCCACCGGAUCCUCGAAGGCUUGGGACCCCAGGUGGAGCUGCCGCUGUACAACCAGCCCUCGGACACCCGGCAGUACCACGAGAACAUCAAGAUAAACCAGGCGAUGCGCAAGAAGCUGAUCCUGUACUUCAAGCGGAGGAACCACGCGCGCAAGCAAUGGGAGCAGAAGUUCUGCCAGCGCUAUGACCAGCUCAUGGAGGCCUGGGAGAAGAAGGUGGAGCGCAUCGAGAGCAACCCCCGGCGGCGGGCCAAGGAGAGCAAGGUGCGCGAGUACUACGAGAAGCAGUUCCCCGAGAUCCGCAAGCAGCGCGAGCUGCAGGAGCGCAUGCAGAGCAGGGUGGGCCAGCGGGGCGGCGGGCUCUCCAUGUCGGCGGCCCGCAGUGAGCACGAGGUGUCUGAGAUCAUCGAUGGCCUCUCAGAGCAGGAGAACCUGGAGAAGCAGAUGCGGCAGCUGGCUGUGAUCCCGCCCAUGCUGUACGACGCUGACCAGCAGCGCAUCCGGUUCAUCAACAUGAACGGGCUCAUGGACGACCCCAUGAAGGUGUACCGGGACCGCCAGGUCAUGAACAUGUGGAGCGAGCAGGAGAAGGAGACCUUCCGGGAGAAGUUCAUGCAGCAUCCCAAGAAUUUUGGCCUGAUCGCCUCGUUCCUGGAGAGGAAGACGGUGGCCGAGUGUGUCCUCUACUACUACCUGACCAAGAAGAACGAGAACUACAAGAGCCUGGUGCGGCGGAGCUACCGGCGCCGAGGCAAGAGCCAGCAGCAGCAGCAGCAGCAGCAACAGCAGCAACAGCAGCAGCAGCAGAUGCCCCGCAGCAGCCAGGAGGAGAAGGAGGAGAAGGAGAAGGAGAAGGAGGCGGAGAAGGAGGAGGAGAAGCCGGACGUGGAGACCGACAGGGAGGAGCUGGUCAAGGCAGGGCCUCCAGGACACCUGCUGACCGCUUUGCCUUCCUCCACAGCUUCUAUGGAGAUGAACGAGAGCUCGCGCUGGACCGAGGAGGAGAUGGAGACAGCCAAGAAAGGUCUCCUGGAACAUGGCCGGAACUGGUCGGCCAUCGCCCGGAUGGUGGGCUCCAAGACGGUGUCGCAGUGUAAGAACUUUUACUUCAACUACAAGAAGCGGCAGAACCUCGACGAGAUCCUGCAGCAGCACAAGCUGAAGAUGGAGAAGGAGAGGAAUGCCCGGAGGAAGAAGAAGAAAGCCCCGGCCGCGGCUAGCGAGGAGGCGGCCUUCCCACCCGUGGUGGAGGACGAGGAGAUGGAGGCCUCGGGUGUCAGCGGGAACGAGGAGGAGAUGGCUGAGGAGGCAGAAGCUGUCCACGCCUCUGGGAACGAGGUGCCCAGAGGGGAAUGCAGUGGCCCAGCUACCGUCAACAACAGCUCCGACACGGAGAGCAUCCCCUCCCCCCGCACCGAGGCCACCAAGGAUGCGGGGCAGAGUGGGCCCCAGCCCCCGCCGGCCCUGGGUGCUGCUGGGACCCCCGCUGAGCCGCCCACUCCUCCGCCUGAGGACGCCCCAGCCCCUGCCCAGCCCACCCCAGCUGCAGACGCCAGUGGCCCCCCCACGCCCCCACCUGCACCCGUGUCACCCGCGGUGCCCCCUCCUGCGGCCCCCAAGGAGGAGAAGGAGGAGGAGGCCACUGUGGCACCCCCAGCAGAAGAGGGGGAGGAACAGAAGCCCCCUGUGGCCGAGGAGCCUGAGGGGGACGCGGGGAAGAUGGAAGAGUCUGGCUCAGUCCCCGAGGAGCCCGAGCAGGGUGACUGCAAGGAGGAGGCCGAGGAGGAAGGCCCGGACAAGGCCAGGGCUGGGGAGGCCAGCACGGAGGCUGCACCCGAGGGGCCGCUCAAGGUGGAGAAGAAGGAGGGCGGGAGCCGCAGAGCCCCCGCCAAGGCCUCGGGCGCCCCCCAGGACAGCGACUCCAGUGCCACCUGCAGUGCCGACGAGGUGGACGAGCCCGAGGGAGGGGACAAGAGCCGGCUAUUGUCCCCAAGGCCCAGCCUCCUGACCCCAACCAGUGAUCCCAGGGCCAACACGUCACCUCAGAAGCCACUGGACUUGAAGCAGCUGAAGCAGCGGGCGGCCGCCAUCCCCCCCAUUGUCACCAAGGUCCAUGAGCCACCCCGGGAGGAGGCAGCACCCCCUAAACCAAGUCCCUCUGCCCCAGCGACCCCACAGCACCUACAGCCGGAGGGUGGCCCUGCCCAGCCGCCCAGCACCAGUCCUCCAGUAAAAAGCAGGAGCCCCGCGCCUCCCGCCGAGAAGGAGGAGAAGCCUGCGUUCUUCCCAGCCUUCGCAGCCGAGGGCCAGAAGCUGCCUGCAGAGCCCCCUUGCUGGACCUCCGGCCUGCCCUUCCCUGUGCCCCCUCGGGAGGUGAUCAAGGCCUCCCCACAUGCCCCGGACCCCUCAGCCUUUGCCUACACACCACCUGGUCACCCGCUGCCCCUGGGCCUCCACGACAGUGCCCGGCCUGUCCUGCCACGCCCACCCACCAUCUCCAACCCACCUCCCCUCAUCUCCUCCACCAAACACCCCGGCGUCCUCGAGAGGCACAUGGGUGCCAUCUCCCAGGGAAUGUCGGUCCAGCUCCACGUCCCAUACUCCGAGCACGCCAAGGCCCCCGUGGGCCCCAUCAGCAUGGGGCUGCCCCUCACCAUGGACCCCAAGAAGCUUGCGCCCUUUAGUGGGGUGAAGCAAGAACAGCUGUCGCCACGGGGCCAGGCUGGCCCACCCGAGAGCCUGGGCGCACCCACGGCCCAGGAGAUGUCUGUGCUGAGAGGGACAUCUCUGGGCUCCGUUGCGGGCGGGAGCAUCACCAGGGGCAUACCCAGCACGCGGGGGCCCUCCGAGAGCCCCAGCGCCUACCGGGGCUCCAUCACCCACGGUACCCCGGCCGACGUCCUGUACAAGGGCACCAUCACCAGGAUCAUCGGCGAGGACAGCCCCAGUCGUUUGGACCGGGCCCGGGAGGACAGCCUGCCCAAGGGCCACGUCAUCUACGAGGGCAAGAAGGGCCAUGUGCUGUCCUAUGAGGGUGGCAUGUCUGUGUCCCAGUGCUCCAAGGAGGACGGCAGGAGCAGCUCAGGGGCACCCCAUGAGGCGACGGCCCCCAAGCGCACCUACGAUGUGAUGGAGGGCCGUGUGGGCAGGACCAUCUCCUCAGCAGGCAUUGAGGGUCUCAUGGGACGCGCCAUGCCCCCCGAGCGGCACAGCCCCCACCCCCUCAAGGAGCAGCACCACAUCCGCGGCUCCAUCACCCAAGGGAUCCCUCGGUCCUACGUGGAGGCCCAGGAGGACUACCUACGCAGGGAGGCCAAGCUGCUGAAGCGCGAGGGCACGCCACCCCCGCCACCACCGCCCCCACGGGACCUGGCUGAGGCCUACAAGACCCGGCCCUUGGAGGCCCUGGGCCCCCUCAAGCUGAAGCCAGCCCACGAGGGCCUGGUGGCCACCGUGAAGGAAGCGGGCCGCUCCAUCCACGAGAUCCCCCGCGAGGAGCUCCGGCGCACCCCUGAGCUGCCCCUGGCCCCACGGCCACUCAAGGAGGGCUCCAUCACCCAGGGCACCCCGCUCAAGUACGACACGGGCUCGUCCUCCACGGGCUCCAAGAAGCACGACGUGCGCUCCAUCAUUGGCAGCCCUGGCCGGACCUUCCCACCUGUGCACCCGCUUGACGUGAUGGCGGACGCACGGGCUCUGGAGCGUGCCUGCUACGAGGAGAGCCUGAAGGGCCGGCCGGGCGCUGUGGGCAGCUCCGGGGGCUCCAUCACCCGUGGGGCCCCAGUCAUCGUGCCCGAGCUCGGCAAGCCACGGCAGAGCCCCCUGACUUAUGAGGACCAUGGGGCACCUUUCACCGGCCACCUGCCCCGUGGCUCACCCGUGACCACCCGAGAGCCCACGCCUCGCCUACAGGAAGGCAGCCUGUCCUCCAGCAAGGCGUCCCAGGACCGGAAGCUGACCUCAACACCCCGCGAGAUCGCCAAGUCCCCGCACAGCGCGGUGCCCGAGCACCACCCGCACCCCCUCUCCUCCUACGAGCACCUACUGCGCGGCGUGAGUGGCGUGGACCUGUACCGGGGGCACAUCCCGCUGGCCUUCGACCCCACCUCCAUACCCCGCGGGAUCCCUCUGGAUGCAGCCACUGCCUAUUACCUGCCGCGACACCUGGCGCCCAACCCCACGUACCCACACCUGUACCCGCCUUACCUCAUCCGCGGCUACCCGGACACAGCUGCGCUGGAGAACCGCCAGACCAUCAUCAACGACUAUAUCACCUCACAGCAAAUGCACCACAACGCAGCGGCCAGCGCCAUGGCCCAGCGCGCGGACAUGCUGAGGGGCCUCUCACCCCGGGAGUCCUCCCUGGCGCUCAACUACGCCGCCGGCCCGCGAGGCAUCAUCGACCUGUCCCAAGUGCCACACCUGCCUGUGCUGGUGCCCCCAACGCCAGGCACCCCAGCUGCCGCCAUGGACCGCCUAGCCUACCUGCCCACAGCACCCCCGCCCUUCAGCAGCCGGCACAGCAGCUCCCCACUGUCCCCAGGAGGUGCCUUGACCAAGCCGACGGGCACAGCCUCGUCAGAGCGGGAGCGAGAGCGAGAGCGGGAGCGGGACAAGUCCAUCCUCACGUCCACGGCGACCGUGGAGCACGCGCCCAUCUGGAGACCCGGUACGGAGCAGAGCAGCAGCAACAGCAACAGCGGUGGCAGUGGGGGUGGGGCCAACAGCAGCCGCCCUGCCCCCCACUCUCAUGGCCAGCAGCACUCGCCCAUCUCCCCCCGGACCCAGGACGCCCUGCAGCAGAGACCCAGCGUGCUGCACAACACGGGCAUGAAGGGCACCGCCACCCCUGUGGAGCCUAGCACGCCCACGGUCCUGAGGUCCACCUCCACUUCCUCGCCUGUCCGCCCAGCUGCCACAUUCCCGCCCGCCACCCACUGCCCGCUGGGAGGCACCCUCGAAGGGGUCUACCCCACCCUCAUGGAGCCUGUGUUGCUGCCCAAGGAGGCCUCCCGGGUGGCGCGGCCCGAGCGGCCCCGUGCGGAUACCGGCCACGCCUUCCUCCCCAAAUCCCUGGCCCGUGAGCCUGCCUCCUCCCCCGGCAAGACCUCCGAGCCCCGGCCCCUCGCGCCCCCCAGCUCCAGCCAUGCGGCGGCCAUCGCCCGCACCCCAGCCAAGAGCCUCGCAGCCCAGCACGCCAGCCCGGACCAGCCGGCGCCGUCCACCUCGGCCUCGGAUCUGCACCGGGAAAAGACUCAAAGUAAACCCUUUUCCAUCCAGGAAAUGGAGCUCCGCUCUCUGGGGUACCAUGGUGGGUACAGCCCCGAUGGGGUGGAGCCCGUCAGCCCAGUGAGUUCGCCCAGCCUGACCCAUGACAAGGGGCUCCCCAAGCACCUGGAGGAGCUGGACAAGAGCCACCUGGAGGCCGAGCUGCGGCACAAGCAGCCAGGCCCCACGAAGCUCGGCCCUGAGGCUACCCACCUCCCACACCUGCGGCCGCUGCCUGAAAGCCAGCCUGCAUCCAGCCCGUUGCUCCAGACUGCCCCUGGGGUCAAAGGUCACCAGCGGGUGGUCACCUUGGCACAGCACAUCAGUGAGGUGAUCACGCAGGACUACACCAGGCACCACCCGCAGCAGCUCAGCGCACCCCUGCCCGCCCCCCUCUACUCCUUCCCCGGAGCCAGCUGCCCCGUCCUGGACCUGCGCCGCCCACCUAGUGAUCUCUACCUCCCACCCCCCGACCAUGGCGCCCCGGCCCGCGGCUCCCCCCACAGUGAAGGGGGCAAGAGGUCUCCAGAACCAAGCAAGACGUCAGUCCUGAGCACCGAGGAUGGCAUUGAACCUGUGUCCCCACCAGAGGGCAUGUCAGAGUCAGGGCACCCCCGGAGUGCCGUGUACCCACUGCUGUAUCGGGACGGGGAGCCGGCAGAGCCCAGGACGGGCUCCAAGUCCCCAGGCAACACCAGCCAGCCACCGGCCUUCUUCAGCAAGCUGACUGAGAGCAACUCGGCCAUGGUCAAGUCCAAGAAGCAGGAGAUCAACAAGAAGCUGAGCACGCACAACCGGAACGAGCCGGAAUACAACAUCGGCCAGCCUGGGACGGAGAUCUUCAAUAUGCCCGCCAUCACUGGAGCAGGCCUUAUGACCUCUAGAAGUCCGGCCGUGCAGGAGCACGCCAGCACCAACAUGGGGCUGGAGGCCAUUAUUAGAAAGGCACUCAUGGGUAAAUAUGAUCAGUGGGAAGAGCCCCCGCCACUCGGCGCCAAUGCUUUUAACCCUCUGAAUGCCAGUGCCAGCCUGCCCGCUGCCGCUAUGCCCAUAACCGCUGUUGACGGACGGAGCGACCACACGCUCGCCUCGCCAGGUGGUGGUGGGAAAGCCAAGGUCUCUGGCAGACCCAGCAGUCGAAAAGCCAAGUCCCCUGCCCCGGGCCUGGCGUCCGGGGACCGGCCACCUUCUGUCUCCUCGGUGCACUCAGAGGGAGAUUGCAACCGCCGGACGCCACUCACCAACCGUGUGUGGGAGGACCGGCCCUCAUCCGCAGGUUCCACGCCUUUCCCCUACAACCCCCUGUUCGUGAGGCUGCAGGCGGGUGCCAUGGCUUCCCCGCCCCCGCCCGGCUUCCCUGCGGGCAGUGGGCCCCUCGCCGGCCCCCACCACGCCUGGGAGGAGGAGCCCAAGCCGCUCCUGUGCUCGCAGUACGAGACGCUCUCCGACAGCGAGUGAGCCGGUGGGCAUGGUGCAGGUCCCUGCCCGCAGCAGGACGGCCCAGGAGGCAGACAGGUGGCUGCGACGCACCCCACCAAGGAAGGAGCCCUGAGUCUGCCCGCGCGUCCGUCCGUCCGUCCGUCUGUCCACCCGGAGCUGGCAUCCUGCCUGUCUAAAGCCUUAACUAAGACCCCCACCCCGGCUGGCCCUGCACAGUGACCGUACUCAGGGCACGUUCACCUGGUGCUCGGAAGGGGAGGGGAGGGCAGCAGGCCGGGGAGGGGACACAGUGAGCGCAUGGUGACCACAAGCACGCAGCCGGGGUGACCAGGGACCUGAAAGAGGAUGACCAGGCGCCUCCAUGCCACUGCCUCCCCUUUCUCCAUUUGGAACCAAAGUAUAAACUGAGCUAGCCCCCGCCCCCAUCCCGCUUAGCGCUCGGGACAGACGGACAGGCACUGUCCAGCCUGCAGUGCUCUGUCAGUCCCCAUAGGCUGCCCCACAGACUGCUGGAAACCACGUCAGACCAGGCGGGGGACGAGAGGGCUGGGCGCGGCCUGGGGCAGCAGAACCACAGGACCUGGACGUGGCCCUCCUGCCCGCGGGGUGGCGGGGCGACGUGUUGGUUUACAGGGUAUAUUUUUGAUACCUUCGAUGAAUUAAUUCAGAUGUUUUAUGCGAGGAAGGACUCACCCAGUAUUAUGCUGCUGUGCUUUCGAUCUCCGCUUACGUUGGGGAGCGUGCAGGCCGACCACCGGUGACCCCUUGUCCACGGGACCCGGGACGGGCUGCCGGCUCACAGCCGCCACGCCCUCCAUCCCUCCCUUCCUUGGGCAGAACGAGUUUGAUGCGUGUUCUGUGGCCACCAUCUGCGCAUGGUGGUGGCCUUCUGUCAUUUACACACGUUGUUCUAAUUAAAAAGCGAAUCAUACUCGAUA